AUGGGAAUCCCAGGACUUAUUAAUGCCCUGGGCGCAGGCGAGCGCAUCGCACUGUCAAAGCUAGCAGUUUCACAUCUCGAGCGUGAAAAUAGGCCUAUUCGCGUUGCGGUCGAUAUUUCAAUCUGGCUGUUUCAAGUUCAAGCGGGCCGUGGAGGCAAGAAUCCUGAAAUUCGGACCCUGUUCUACCGAUUGAUCAAACUCCUUGCGCUUCCAAUUCAUCCGCUUUUCGUCUACGAUGGGAGUAAAAAACCCCCCUUCAAGAGAGGCAAGGCAACAACAUCCCGCGGCCACGGGAAUGCACCGAUUAUUCAACGAUCGAAAGAUCUCAUCAAUCGCUUCAGGUUUCCCUGGCACGAGGCCCCAGGCGAGGCAGAGGCCGAAUGCGCCCGGUUGCAGCAGGCUGGUAUUGUGGACGCCGUCAUGAGCGACGAUAUCGAUACAUUGAUGUUUGGGUCCACCUUUAUGAUAAAGAAUUUCUCAAAAGAGAGUGGUACCGGUACAACUGCCGCUACUCACGUCACUUGCUACAACAUGAGCAAUAAGUUUCAUGUUUCAAACAUUCCAUUCGAUCGACCUGGAAUGAUUUUGUUUGCUAUGCUUAGUGGCGGGGACUACUUACCAUCUGGUGUACUAAAAUGCGGAAGCAAAUUGGCCGCGGAAAUCGCGAAGGCGGGCUUUGGUGAAGAUCUCUUAAAUAUAGUCAAGUCCAAGUCUUCAGACCUUGACUCUGAUUUGAAUGACUGGCGAGAACGAUUACAGUACGAGUUGGAAGAGAAUGAGAGCGGCUAUUUCACCACAAAGCACAAGGCCGUGCGAAUCCCACUUGAUUUCCCCGAUCGUGCAAUUCUCGAAUACUAUGCCGAGCCGAGCGUUUCUGCCAAAAGUGAGAUGGAAAGCUUGAAAGCCCGCUUAGGAGAGGAGUGGGAUCAGGACAUUGAUCCAAUGGCGAUCAGAAGUUUCGCCGCUGAGCAUCUUGAAUGGAACUAUCGUUCUGGGGCCAGAAAGGUAAUUAAACUCUUGGCCGAACCCCUUGUCUCCUACAGACUUCGUCUUAAACGACCUGUUUCGGGUUUAACGCAUGGCACACUUGCUCCCGAUUGUGGCUCCCCAUGGCUCCAAAAAAUCCACCGGAGCCGUGCAAACUUCGGCACGGAUGGAAUGACUGAACUUCAAACGGACAUGCUACCCAUCGACGUGGUUGGUAUUGACCUUCUUUCCGAGAUACCAAAUCCUCAACCAGCAUCCGAAGAGACCGGGCUUUCGCAAAGUACGGGACAGGCAGUCGAAGAAGAGGAUAACGGAGAGGCAAUUGGCGAGCUGGCACCGCCACAAACCUCUUCAAAGGCGCGAGUGACGAAACGCUUUGACCCUUUGGCCAUUGAAAAGGUCUGGGUUUUCGAAACAAUAGCCAAACUCGGGGUUCCCGAAAUCGUUAAAACAUGGGAAGAUGAACAGGCUAAAAAGGCUGCCAGCAAGGCUGCUCCCAAGAAACCCACCACUCGACGAACUGCGCCUAAAAAGAAGGGUCCAAUUGACUCAGGGAUGAAGCGAGGUAGCAUUUUAAAAUAUGGUACGCUUACCAAGGAGAGAUCCGAAUUGUCUCCCCCAUUCAAAACGCAGUUACUAGAAGCGGCCACAUCUGCCUCGGGAAAUGGCAAAUCCUCUCUCAACACUGCCUCUUUGCCGGAGCAUAUUGGCCUUGAAGGAUACGAUCUCUCUCCCAGUAUGUAUUCGAUGCAAGAUACUACAGCUCAGAUGUCUGCUUUGUCGCAGGAGGUGGAUGACCUUGUCGGGACAUUCUCAAACCUAUGCACAACAUUACCGACACCGACAUCCAAGCGUCGCCCUUUGGUAAACCCAUUACGCAUGCGAUCGCGCACCAGCGUUCUAGGUGCCAGAGAAGUCGAAUUAGAGGAUCUAGACAUUUCAAUUGUCGAUGCUAUCGAUCCACCACCACCCAGACGACUCAGGGCAGUUGAAACUAGCACUCCGGCUUCGAAGGAGAGGAAAUCUGAAGCUAUGAGACCAAAUGGCUUGGACCAACGCCCUCCAUGUCAGGAGAAACACAUCCGGCAAGAGCUUGCUCAUGAGAUCGACGAGGUAGGAAAGGCAAUUGGUUCAUUGUCAUUGGUUGUCCCUCCCAAUUGUGAAAAUCUUGAGCAUGCAACAUCUCGUCAUUCCCGGCGGACUAUUUCUCCCAAAAAAACAGCCAUUGGCGGCGGUCGACCUUUGUCUCCAAAACCCCAAUAUUCUAGCCCAUCUAAGUCUACUAUUCUGUCAGAGCUCGAACGCGACACUGGUUGUCUAUCAUUGAAACAGAAAUUCGAUGAUCCCAAAGAGAUCUCCAGAUCUCCCAAAAAGACGAAGGGGGCUGGCAGAAAGCCCGCCCGAAAGAUUGGGCACAUUGAAAACGUCACAGCCUCAAAUGGCUUUUGGAAAGUCGAUACAUCUGUUGAUCCAGAAGCGCCAUCCACGGCAACGAGCCACUCCCAAAAUGGUCAGAAAGACCAAAGCAAAAAGAAGCGACUCCCUCGCGUUAGCAUCCUUGAUAUGAUUUGA